CAGCGGUUGGCACAACCUCUCCUUGCUCCCUGGGCCUUCCCGGGGGCAACUGGAGCCAUUUGUUGCUCCCGCAAAGGACUAUGGGAAGCUGCCAAGAGGGGCAGUUGGCGGCACUUGAGCGUUGAGGUGGAAAGUAAGACUCGCUCAAGAUGUCGGAGUACAUUCGGGUUACAGAAGAUGAGAACGACGAGCCCAUUGAGAUCCCAUCCGAGGAUGAUGGCACCGUGCUCCUCUCCACCGUUACGGCCCAGUUCCCCGGGGCGUGUGGACUGCGCUACAGGAAUCCAGUGUCUCAGUGUAUGAGAGGCGUCCGGCUAGUUGAAGGGAUACUGCACGCCCCUGAUGCCGGCUGGGGGAAUCUGGUGUAUGUUGUCAACUAUCCCAAAGAUAACAAGAGGAAAAUGGAUGAAACAGAUGCCUCGUCUGCAGUUAAAGUGAAAAGGGCAGUACAGAAGACAUCUGAUUUGAUAGUCCUAGGUCUUCCCUGGAAAACAACGGAACAGGACCUAAAAGAAUAUUUUAGUACUUUUGGAGAAGUUCUCAUGGUGCAGGUCAAGAAAGACAUUAAAACCGGCCAUUCAAAGGGAUUUGGUUUUGUUCGCUUUACGGAGUAUGAAACACAGGUCAAAGUGAUGUCACAACGACACAUGAUAGAUGGACGAUGGUGUGACUGUAAACUUCCUAAUUCUAAGCAAAGUCCAGAUGAGCCUUUGAGAAGCAGAAAGGUGUUUGUUGGGCGUUGUACAGAAGAUAUGACCGCAGAUGAGUUGCGCCAGUUUUUUUGCCAGUAUGGAGAAGUGGUAGAUGUCUUCAUCCCCAAACCUUUCAGGGCUUUUGCCUUUGUUACAUUUGCAGAUGAUCAGGUUGCGCAGUCUCUUUGUGGCGAGGACUUGAUCAUUAAAGGAAUCAGCGUACAUAUAUCCAAUGCUGAACCUAAGCACAAUAGCAAUAGACAGUUAGAAAGGAGCGGAAGAUUCGGUGGCAAUCCGGGCGGUUUUGGGAACCAGGGGGGCUUUGGAAACAGUCGGGGAGGGGGAGCCGGGUUGGGAAACAAUCAGGGCAGUAACAUGGGUGGGGGGAUGAACUUCGGGGCUUUUAGCAUCAACCCUGCCAUGAUGGCCGCAGCCCAGGCUGCGCUGCAGAGCAGCUGGGGGAUGAUGGGCAUGCUAGCUAGUCAGCAGAACCAGUCGGGCCCGUCAGGGAACAACCAGAGCCAAGGCAACAUGCAGAGGGAGCCGAACCAAGCAUUCGGGUCGGGAAACAACUCGUACAGUGGGUCUAACUCCGGCGCCGCGAUCGGCUGGGGGUCCACGUCAAACGCAGGGUCGGGCAGUGGCUUUAAUGGAGGCUUUGGCUCAAGUAUGGAUUCCAAGUCCUCGGGCUGGGGGAUGUAGACACGAUGGGUUCCAAUAGAGACUCUAUGGUGGAAAUACAAAUUUUUCUAAACUGGUAAGUAUAUUGUAAAAUACCUAUGUACUAAAAAUUUUCAGAAUCGGUUUGUCCAGUGUGCAGUAUAUUCAGCAGUAUUUUUUGACAUUUUUCUUUAGUAUACAAGAGAGAAGGUUAAAGGAAUUUUCUAGGUUUUGUUACAUAAAAGAUUGAAAUAGGGUGGUUGAAAGUGAACUGCUGUUUGCCUGAUGGGUAAACUAACACUACGCUUGACCUUAAAACGUUUCCCCUCCCGUUAUAUUUUAUCCCCGGACUAGUCAACUGAAUUCUUUGCAUGUUCAGAACAGAAACCAUCGAUCAGAAUUGCAUUCUUUCUUCGUUUUUAAUUUGAGCCCCUCACCAUACGAAGUUUUCCUUAGAAAAAUCUCCUUGGAGAACUUGAUGUCACGAGGUGUGUUUCGGUUUUUUUUUUUGGUUUUUUUUUUUUAACACUGUCUGCCCCUCAUACUAAAGUACGAUAUGAAGGCUUCAUUUAAUCUCUGCAGUUCAUCUCAUUUCAAAUGUUUGUGGAAGAAGCACUUCAUUGAAAGCAGUGCUGUAAAUAUUCUGCUCUAGGAAUACUUCUGUCUACAUGCUUUCUCAUCCAAGAAUACUUCAUCACACUGCACACGCUGCGUCUUUGACGGUGGGUGUCCCAUUUUUAUCCGCUACUCUUUAUUUCAUGGAGUCGUUUCAACGCUAUGAACGCAAGGCUGUGAUAUGGAACCAGAAGGCUGUCUGAACUUUUGAAACCUUGUGUGGGAUUGAUGGUGGUGCCGAGGCAUGAAAGGCUGGUAUGAGCGAGAAAAAGGAGAGCGCGUGCAGAGACUUGGUGGUGCAUAAUGGGAUAAUUUUUAACGUGGCGAGAUGUGUCUCUCAAUCCUGUGGCUUUGGUGAGAGAGUGUGCAGAGAGCAUUGAUGGCGAAUAUUGUACGAAUGUUUCUUGCAUUCAAAGGACAUCCGUAUCCAUUGGAAGACUUAAGUGAGUUAUAUUCCCAGUUAACCAACUAGCAACUAGUUGAAUGUGUUAAAUGAAAUGAAUAUCUGUAUUUUUUUUUCCCCUUAUGUCAACUGCUGUGAAUGCUGUAUGGUGUGUGUUUUUUUUUUUUCUGUUAAUGACCUGUAAGUGUGGAAUUGUGAAUUGAAGUUGAUGGGGUUUGUGAUUGAGAACAUUGACUGAGCUUGUGGUGUGCUUUGCAGGAGAUUUUUGUAGCAGAGUUCACCAGGGAGCUCAGUGUGUGUCUCAAAGAAGGGUGGAAGUUCCAAUGUCUGUAAGAUAUCCAUAAGAAUGCUGUUUGCUGCAGUUCCGUGUUCUGUGCUUGGAUGCUUUUUAUAAGAUUUGUCAAUGUAGGAAAUUCUUAAAUAAAACUGAUUUAAGUAAUAUGUGUCUUUGUUUUGCAGCCCUGAAUGCAAAGAAUUCAUAGCAGUUAAUUCCCCUUUUUUUUUUUUGGCCCAUUUGUGAUGGAACUCUCAAAGUUUCUUGGCAGCAGUUCAUUUUGCUUCAAGUAAACAUGUUCGAAAAGUUGUUUUAAGCCAAAUGGAUUCAGCUAUCAUACAUUGAUACCUGAUUCCCAGACCUAAGUUUGCUAUUUGUUGUUGGCAUUGCCCAAAGUGAGAGAGAUUUUUUUAAUCUUUUUUUUUUUAUUUUUUAUUUUUUUUUUUUUAAGUCUGAGGUAACCUCACCUCAAGUGGUAAGCAGUUCCCGCUAGUUUUUGUUGUGGAAAUGACAAAUCAGUACUCUGCUUUGUUGCGGAGGUGGCCCAAAAGGCGAUUUUAAUUAAAAUUGUGCAGCAUACAAGCAAUUGCCCGGAGGACUUGAUCCCGGCAGAGUUUCCCCUGCUAGACCAGGGAGCCCUCCCUCCCGACAGGAGACAGAAUGCGUAUGGUUGGCCGAUGCAAUCCUAGCCGAGGCUGCAACAAGGAAGAUCGGUACCCAUUUCCUUAUAAGGUAGGGAGUAGGAAGAUGGUUGCACAUUUCCAUAUGAGGUAGGGGGUAGAACUUCAGCAUCAGGGGGUCUCUGCUGGCUAAGGAAUCUGGACUGAACAGACGCAUUUAAGAGUCACUAAAUCCAAGAUGGAGUUCAGCCGCCAUUGAGCCUCAAGAUGGCGGAUUUUGUGCUUCCACAUUUUUCUCAAUGUCUCUAGACAUUGGGUGGCUUUUUUGUUGUUGAUUUUUGUUUUUUAAAGAAUGUGGCCUUCCUAAGUCUCCAAUUGGGGAGAUUGUUUUUCCAUUUGGGGUUGUUUUGACUUGGCGGGGGUGGCUAAACAAGAUUCUGUUCACCUGCUUUGUAAUAGCAAAAUGGAUCAUCUGAGAAAAAUUGGGAGAUACCUUAACUGGAGGUAUGAAAAGUGGAAUUAAUUGCAAUGGGCCUAGAGUAGAAGAAACCACAAACUUUACUUUGGGCCUAAAACAAAAUAAAUCAGCCAGCAGGGCCAAUGAGCUUUUGACUAGGUUGGAUGUGGUUGCUUUGACUAGAAAAGUGUGAAACCCAGGGACUUUCCUUUUUAAAAAAAAUAUUUUUUGCUCCCAAAAUAUUUAAUGAAAUUACAUGUAAUACUCAUGAAGAUCUCAUGAAGCUUAAGUGUGCGAAAGCAAUGCUAUGCUGAUUCCUUACUGUACUAGAUGUAAUCCUUCCUUUAUUGUUAAAUGCAUAGAGUUGGGGAGUAUUCUUUCAUUUUGAAAGAUGGUUGCGGUGUUUGAAUUGAUGUUGCUUGAAUACCCUUGUCCAGUUGUAUUGAAGUAGAUAGGUGAGCAUUUUACAGUUAGUUGGGUUUUGUUUUUUUAAAAAAACUGGUCAGAUUCUGACACCCUUACCUUUUAGAAACUCAGCAAUGAUCCUUAAAUUGCUUCAUUAUCCAGGUCCUACGUAAAAGGAUCUUGACUUGUUUUAAUUUUUUUUCUGCAUCUAAAUCUGCAUGAUUUCCCAACCCUGUGCCAUCUGAAUUUUGCAUUUUAGCAUUUGCACUAUUACUCAGCAGCAGUAGCAUGGUAACACAUAAAAUGGUAUUCGGGGACCUCCAAAGACUAAACGGGCAAGCCUGCAAGGAAUCCAAUGGUAAGUUAACCUGUCAAAAGCAUGGUUUUAAUCACUUAAACUACUGUAAAUCAAAAGGUCUUAGAAAGCUUGAAGUGUUGACUAGCCUUUUUAACUGAAACUGUUUUAUGAUGCUUAAGAUCUUUGGGAAUUAAUUUACCUUCCAAAAAUUUGAGAUUCAGAAGUUUUUGUAAAGCCAUACUUGGUCUUCUAGAUGCACUCAGUCUGAAUUAUUUUUGAAUUAUAUGAAUAAAAGUUAUUGUUGCUACCACA